UAAACCGACAGUUUUCAGACCCAAGGAUCGAGAAUCACCUGCACAAAAUGAUGAACAGAAAAAUGUUAGGUUUCAAGUUGAAGCAAUGCGAAAUGACUUUGAAGAAGGCGAUAGAAGUCCAAAACAAUGUAAUGUGAAGUUGAGAGAAAAUCGUGCCUUUACUGAUAUCACAAAAGCUAUCCCCAAAUUUUCGUCAGCUGCUGGAAAGAAACCCCCAGAAGACCAUAACUCAUGGGCGACCCAAGAACCAAACGAAGAGAAGACUCAGCCAACAUCUGGAAACAGCUGUCCAUGGAGUGGCCAAGCUGGUGUUCAGGAUGAGGCCCCAAGUGAAUAUUUUGUUGACAGCAUGCCAUCAACUGACUGUGAAAGCAAUGCAAAUAAAAAAUUACCACCCAGUUCCCGAUCUGAUUCAAUAAAAUCUCCAGUUUUAAAAGAAGAUGACGAUUUUGAAAGCACCAGUAGCUGCAGUUUGCCUGGCAAUACAUGGGAGAUGCCAAGCCCAAUGGCAAAUGAGGACUUACUCGACAAAAAGCUUAAUUAUUUAGUGAGCAUUGAUAAACUGAAAUCUACAACAGAUAAAGAAUUCCAAAAAGGUGACCUUCCUACACAGAAGGACUUCAUAAAUGAAUACUGCUCAGAAACUCCUUCGCAAGCCCUUCUGCAGUACAACCACGAUUGUGAUACAAGUAGUCAGUCUUCGGAUAGUUGUUGUUCAUGUGCUGAACAAUCAGCAUAUUGUGCUCUAAAUAACAUUUCUUUACAAGACAACUGUGAUACCCUUGUUUUCAUUCCAAGGAGACCAACAGCCAGUAAUCUACAACAAGAGUGCGCAGUACAGGGUUCCAGCACUGAAGAUUCACAUGUAAAGGAGCAAAAACUAGUCCUCCCUCGGCAUACCAAGAGUGGUGCAGUCAUUUAUCGACUUAGUGAUCCUGCAGCUGAAUUCAAAGACUAG